GAAACAGAGAGAUUGACUGUGUACAAUACGAGUUAUUACGGAUUGCUUUGCAAAUAUACUCUGAUGAUUUCAUAAAGUUAAAUGAAUGUUAUCGUAUGAUGGUCUCUAACAAGAUAAGUAUGGCCACACCUACACGUGCAAACUCUUGCAUGGAAAACAAUCCACUUGCUAGUUGUUUUAUUGCAAGAGUAAAAGGAGAUUCGAUUGAAGGAAUAUAUGAAAGUUUAAAAGAUAUCGCCCUGAUAUCAAAGAAUUGUGGUGGGAUUGGAAUCAACGUUAGUGAUAUCCGUGCAAAUAGUGAUUAUAUUAAAGGAUCUAGUGGAUAUUCUUCCGGUGUAUGUAGAAUGCUUCAUGUUUAUAAUGAAACGGCCAAGUACGUUGACCAGGGAGGUAACAAACACAAGGGAGCGAUUAUAGUAAACCUAGCGAUUUGGCACCGUGAUGUAGAAGAGUUUUUACAAAUCCGCUAUGAGUCACAGGUACCAGAGUUAUGUACAAUAGAUCUGAAUCACUGUAUUGCCAUUCCAGAUAUAUUUAUGGUACGCGUUCAAGAUGAUGAUUAUUGGACUAUCUUUUCACCCAUAGAUGCAAAGAUAUCACUAGGGUAUGACCUAAACAGAUUAUAUGGUCAGAAAUUCAAUGAUGCAUAUAUUUGUUGUGAGGUAGAGUUAAAACGCAAGAAAACGAUUAAAGCACAGAAGUUAUUUUUUGAUAUAAUCAAAAUGCAAUAUGAUACUGGUGAACCGUUUUUGUUCUUUAUUGAUAAUACCAAUAAAAAAUCUAACCAAAGUAACAUUGGACCAAUCAUAAAACCAAACCUAUGCACAGAGAUUGUUGAACAUACAGAAAGUAUAUCCGUUUGUAACCUUCGUGCUGUCAUUUUACCUAACCAUAUUUCUUCAGAAAAUAAAUUCGAUUUCACCGAGUUACAACAUUCUGUUAGACUGCUUGUAAACUCAUGUGAUCGAUCAAUCGAUCUAACAUCUUACCCAUUGUCAAA